UAAAACUCUGCUGAACCAGUGAAAACGAGGCGCGAGUGCCGCUGCAAGGUUUGCAAUAUUGAUCUCCGGAAAAACUGAACGCCGUGGCCAGGUUUUACUACCCGCGGCCAGCUAUCGCGUUGCGAAUUUGUACUGUGUUGUGACCCUGCGUUGUGUGAAAAGCGCCCAAGGUGUGCGCUCGGGCAUAGAAGAAAACGAAAUAGAAAAAAAUCCGUGCGACGAUUCGAAAGUGACGUGACGCAGUCUGAAAGUCGGGAUUUAAUGAAAUUGGUUCUCAUGCUGAUCCGCAAUUUACUUGCUGCUGGUAGGUAGCUCCUGUCUCUAAUGUAAUAGUAUGGUAUCACGGUUCGAACGCCUAAUGGGGUGCUCCUCGAUCCCGGUAGGAGAGAUAUCGCCCGAGACCGAAGCACAAUGCUCGGGCCGUGGCGACUGUCUCAACGGCACCUGCCUUUGCGAGAUUCGCUACAGUGGCGAAGAGUGUUCCGGCUUUAAUUUGCCGUAUCAUGCGGGCAUUUCGGCGGUUUUCUACUUCGUCGGUUUCGUGUCGGUGGUGCAGCUACUGAUCUGCAUCAUCGCCGAGUAUCAACGUCUGAAGCAACCGAGCUUCCUGCGUGCCUGCCGGCUAACCACGCAAAAGCUGCUCUACUUCUUCGUUUUCGUGGCUUCGGUAUUGCGUGGCGCUUACUUCACGACACCGGAAACGCUUCAACCGGCCUGGGUUUCGUAUCUGAUGUCGCUGUACUAUCCGCUCGUGAUGACCUGCGCCUCGCUCGUGGUGUGCCUGUGGGCCGAGAUCUUCCACCUGCAGGGCAUCCGCUGGGAACGGUCGCAGUUCCUGUCGAAGAGUUUCCUCGGCUUCCUGGCGUUCAAUCUGCUCCCGUACAGUCUGUUUCUGGCGGAGAUCGCUUACUCGCACCUGUUCUCGGGCCGCAGCACGUCCUUCUUCAAUGGCUGCUACGCUGCCCUGCUGCUGAUCGUGGUCAUCUUCUUCCUGAUCUACGGUGUCGAGGUGUUCUUUAAGGUCCGAGGUGGCUUCGUGUACGAUUUCGGCGUGGUGCCGAGCAGCGAAAAUGUAAACGCUUCCCAGCUGCACCAGUCACGCUUCGGUCUGCUCAGCCAGGCGAUCAUGAUGAUAGUGAUCGUCGGGUUUCUCACCUCGGAAACGCUCGGUGACUUCUGGAAGAAAAAAGUUCCGGUGUAUUCCCGCAAUUGGCACGACAUCGUGUUCCGGUUGGCGGAAGUUGGCGUUGCCCUGUGGUUCCCGUGCUGCCUGUGGAACUCGAUGGCACCGGAGCAGCUGUGGAUACUGAACCCGCGCAAGCUACUGACGCGCCAGAUCGAUCCGGUCGCUCCGGAAUCGACGGAAGCGCCGGCAGAACCGUCGACUUCAGGCACCGCCGAGGAGGGUCAAUCGUUUCUGGCGAAAAAAGACUGCUGGAUCUGCUACGAUACGGACAAACCGGAACCGCUGAUUCAGCCGUGCAAGUGCAUCGGCGACGUGAGCUCGGUGCAUCACGAGUGCUUGCGCCGGUGGCUUGUCGAUAGCUGUGCGAACAGUGACGCGGUGCUAAAGUGCAAAGUGUGUGACUCACCGUACGAAAUCGAACGAUCCAAUAGGCUCGACUGGGAGAAGGGUUUCACCAUUCAGCACUGGGCGAAAACGAUCAUCAUCGUGACGCUGAUGUGCAUUACGGGUGCGGGCGCCUGGGUCAUCAUCCAGCUGAACGAGGACUCGUUUGUGCGCGUGCUCGUUGCCGGGUUCGCCAUCAUCAUCGGCUACAUACUGUUCAAGAUGCUGGGCGAGAACACAGUGACCGCGAUACAGCGUGCAAAAGUGAGUUCGAUCUACAUCGUCACCUCGGUAAAUGAUCUGCAAACCUAAAAGGAGCUCCGUCGCGAUCACUGGACGAAAAACGAUGCUCGAUAGAAGCGGGACGGGAGCAGAGCGGCAAAACAACCUCCAUUGUGAUUGAGUGCGACAUGCGUACCGAAGGUGCCCCACUGGAGCCGGAACUGGUGCGCGGGGAUCUGUGUUUACUUUCAUAUUUACUGUCGAACCCACUCAUUUCGUUGCGCUUUGGGAGCCUGCAAAAAGAUCGAAAAACAAACCCACUCUAAGAAGUGGCCACCGCAGGAGCUGUUUUGCUGCAGUUUGCAUUUUGGAGCCACCGUUACAAGAGAGCUGGCUGGUGUGUGUGCGGGCCGCCGAAAGCCAUUGGAUGCUGUAACGAGAAGCAAUAGGAGAAUACGUAUGCCCGUAGCCCGAUACGAAGCGGAGGAAAAUUCAACAAAAUUUACAUAUUUAUAUAUAUGUAUUUAAAAUAUGAGCCAACCUUGGAUGCAGAUCGAAUUGCUGCACAGCGUGUGCGGUGAGCCCUCUACUUCGUUCUAUUUACAUAUCUUGGGUUAAGUAUUUAGUACUUUUGGUAGACCUCUUUGGUAGACGCGGCUCCUCCUCGCGAGCGCAUGCACCGAAAUGAGCUAGAUACUCUUUGUGCCCCGGUGCACGUGUCCGGUACGUGGGGUUUGUGUCAAAUUGUUUGAUUUUAGACUUGAGUUGCAUUGCUGACCGUGCGGUAAAAAAUCAAAGGUUUAAGGUGAGCGGCAAAAGCGAACGACGGAAGCAACUGUCUCUCGAGAUCAGACAUCCCCUCGAACAGAGCACCGACGGCACGUGCACGGCGCACAACUGCACCCUGAGUGCAUCGAAAAGAAAAUGAAGGAAGGUGAGGAAAACAAAGGGCGCGCAUAAAGCGAUUCGAAUUAAUUCUGCGUAAGCUUUAGCAAGUGAUAUUGGAUUACGAAGUCUAGGUUGUAGUGAUACGAUGUAGCAUUAAGUUUUCUAGUUGAACAAACUUAACAAACACUUGUGAACACAGAAGGACGCCGCGAGGCUCUAAGGAUGAGGACGAGAGGAUUAGGAGGAGUAGCAUGCAAGAUCGCGCACUCGUGUGGAAUGAUCAAUUAGACACUACGAAUCAAUUAUACAUUAACCAGAUUUUUAUUAGCCACCUUGUUUGAAUGUGUGGUUUGUGCAUAUACCGAAAACAGAACACAUUUAUUUUGAUAGCGUUAUCGGUACGCCGGAAUAAUUUAUAAGUUUAUCACACAUCUUACGAAACUAUUAUAAUGGAGAACGCAGCGGGACAAAGAGUGGCAACUUAAGAGAGAGUGUAACGUCGAAAGAAAGGCGAAACAGUAGGAAAACGGCACCCUGGUCUCCAAGGUUCAUCCCAGGUUAACAUCAUAAGUAGAUCAAUUGGUAACUGCUGAUCUCUUUAGCACCAUCGUCAAGUGAGAAAACUGAAGGACGGCAGGUAAAAUUGGAACAAAGUUAAUGCGGUUGUAAGAUCUCAAAAGAAGCGACACUUUUAGGCGCUAGAAAAAUGGUUGGAAAAACUCCAAAAUCCCAAGAACUGAUUAGCACAAACCUGCGCAGAGCAGUGGCCUGAAAAGGAAAAGUAUUUGGUUUUACAAACACGUCCCCCGAUGAUAGUUUGCUAAUAUUUUCGCUACUCAAUCGAAACAAUCGUUCCCCCGUUGGGUACCCUCGCCUCUCAGCUGGGCUUGGGCGUCCCGUUUUAUAUACUUGUUAACCCUGCGUUUGUCUUUUCCACCUUAAUUCGAAUGGAUACUUUCAGUAAGAUUUGGAACUACCGAAUUACCUGCUAAAAUGUGUCAAUUUAGAAAAGAACCAUUUCUUUCGUGGCUCAAUUGUUAUUUCGGACCCACGUCAACCGUCGACGAGUCAUCGAUGAGCCCGGCGAGGCUAGAUGAAACUACAAACGACAACGCAAAUCACACGCGGAAACCACAAAACCAACCCUAAAACGGAAACGAAUUGAAACUAACCGAUUUGUAACAAAGUUUAGAAGAAAGUCUUUGAAAAAAUGCAACGUAGAGAGAGCAAAUGUAAUUUAUAGGCGACAAAACUUGGUGGAGUAUAUAAAGCAGAAGCAGUUAGCGCUUGGAUUCUGAUUUGUCUUAAACAAAACGAAAGCAACCGCCAGGAUUACUCCACCGAACUCAGCCCCUCCGCGAGGCCAACAACAGCAGAAAACAUUGAUGAUGAUCGGUGAUCGUCGGUGAUCAUCGAUGAUGAUGGCUUUGAUGUAACAAACAAUAGGAUGGUAGAAGCGACUGGCGAGAAAGCGAAGCAAAAUACUGAUAACUUCCCAUUAGGUUGGCGCUGAAAGUCAGGAGAAGCCAAACAGGCUCUUGUCUGCCACGAGGGUGGCAAAAGUUAGUAACAAUUGGCCUCGUAUAUGCCGUUUCCCGGUCGAUCGAUGCGUGGUUUUUUAUGCUUAGUUACUAGUUUCGAUAAGAGUGCAACAACAUGUAUAGUGCAGAAAAAGAGUGAAAUUAAUAUAUUAACUAUAUAAUGCAAGUGGGUCAGUGACAAA